GUGCUUCACUUGGCACACCUGGAUCAAACGGAGCCAUUAUUAGCUUGAUUUUAUUAGCCGCAGCUGUGAUUUUGCCGCCAUGAGCACACGGAGCUCUGUUUUUAUUUGGCGCUGCUGCUCUGGGUGGAAAUUGAGACUGAAGACGAUCAUACACUUCCUACACCGUGCUGGGCUCUCCUCUAGAAAUCUAUACUGGGAUGGAGCAAGGUGGAGAAGCAGGAGGGGGGCCGGAGAGCCCAGACCUUCAGGACAGAGCCAGCCCAGAGCAGAGGGGGGCAAAACCCGAGAGCCCAGCCUGCACCGGACCCCCACUGUGCAAAAUGAGCCGUGUGGAGGUGAACGGCAGCCCUGCUAACCCGCAGGUCCAACAGAAUGGCAAUACACGGCUAAGACCAUUAGGAGGUUUGAUGAUCCCUGUCUAUUGCGUGGUGGAGCAUGCAGAUGCAGCUGGCGAAUGUGAGAGCCGCAGUGACCGUCACGCUGAGUUUGUGCUGGUUCGUAAAGAUGUGCUCUUCACACAGCUGGUGGAAACGGCUCUUGUGGCCCUCGGAUACUCGCACAACUCAGCAGUGCAGGCUCGGGGCAUUAUCAAAGUAGGACGAUGGAAGCCGAUGCCCAUCCACUACCUGACGGAUGCUCCAGAGGCGACGGUGGCGGACAUGCUGCUGGAUGUUUACCACAUGGUCACGCUGCGGAUCCUUCUGCACAGCUUUUCUCGGCUGGAGGAGCUGCCGUCGGAGCAGUGGACUCAUGCCACGGUGAGAAACGCCCUCAAAGAGCUCCUCAGAGACACCAACCAGAGCGCUUUGGCUAAGGAGUGUCCUCUCUCCCAGAGUAUGAUCUCAGCGAUUGUGAACAGUUCCUACUAUGCAAACGUCUCCACCUCCAAAUGCCACGAGUUCGGGCGCUGGUACAAGAGAUACAAACACUUCAAAGGUGAACACAAUGAGAAGAUGUGGUCCUCGCUGGACAAGUCGGAUAUAAAAGAAUGUAUCAAACCUGUGUGUGUUGGCACAGUGGAGAGGGAUUUGGACCUUAGCAUCCUCAACCAUCGUCCUUCACCUCUCUUGCACUCUCCCAGCCAUUUGGCCACCUUGGGUGCUCCAGGAGCCCUUCCCAUCAAGAGCAGCCUCGGAGACGCUCAUUCCCCCACUCAGCCUCAUAGUCUGCCUCAUCCUGCCAGCCCGAACCACCCAAGACCCCCUUUGCGCCCACAGGCUCCAAGCCUGCUGGGUCACAGCGGACUCCUGUCCCCUCAGCUCUCCCCUCAGCUUGUUCGUCAGCAGCUCGCCAUGGCUCACCUCAUCAACCAGCAGCUGGCAGUUAGCCGCCUUCUUGCCCACCAGCACCCACAGGGAGUCAACCAGCAAUUCCUCAACCAUCCUCCCAUCUCACGGACCUGUAAGGUUUCUGGGUCUGCUGUAGACCCCAGCAUGAGCUGCUCGGGUGCUGAAGUCACCCCUGAUAUUUAUCAUCAAGUCAGGAACGAGUUGAAAAGGGCCAGUGUUUCUCAGGCCGUCUUUGCCCGCGUGGCUUUCAACCGUACACAGGGGUUGCUGUCAGAGAUCCUUCGUAAGGAGGAGGAUCCCCGCUCGGCCUCACAGUCUCUCCUCGUCAACCUCAAGGCAAUGCAAAACUUUCUCAAUCUACCUGAAGCCGAACGAGACCGCAUCUACCAGGAGGAGCGAGAGCGGAGCACCUGUACCAACCAGAACCUCUCCUCCACCCACAUCUCCAACAGCAGCAGCAGCACGCUCAGACACACACAGACAAAAUGCAGCAUCUCCGUUCCAGAGCUGCAGCUGAAGCUGGAUUCGCUUGCGAACAUCACAUCAGGGAUCUACGAGGAGAUCCAGCAGGAGAUGAAGCGGGCAAAGGUCUCUCAGGCUCUGUUUGCCAAGGUGGCUGCCAAUAAGAGUCAGGGUUGGUUAUGUGAGCUUCUCAGGUGGAAAGAGUCCCCAAGCCCUGAGAACCGCACUCUGUGGGAGAACUUGUGCACCAUCAGAAGGUUCCUGGCCUUACCGCAGGUUGACAGAGACCAGGUCUAUGAAGAAGAGUCCAGGCAGCAGCACAGUGACAGACUCCACACCGUCCUGCACAUCCCAGACCAGCAGACUUUCCACAGACAGCCUUUUCCCCCUUUAACAACUCCAUCCCCAGUUCAUGAAGAGCCACAGCCCGUCACCCUGCUGCCAGCUUUGCAAGGCCCAGAGGACGUGCCACAGCGAGGGCUGAGUCCUGGCCUUGGAGGUGGAGGGGCAAAGAAGUCCAGAUCUCGGACAAAGAUCUCCAUGGAGGCUUUGGGAAUCCUGCAGAGCUUCAUUGGAGAUGUGGGACUCUACCCUGACCAGGAGGCCAUUCACACCCUGUCAGCCCAGCUAGACCUGCCCAAACACACAAUCGUGAAGUUCUUCCAGAACCAACGUUAUAAUGUCAAGCAUCACAGUCAGGCCAGAGAACCCAUCUCUGGGGAGGACGACCGGGAGAGCUCAAGCCCCAGCGAUGGAGGGUGCACGGCCGAGAGGAGGGAGGAGGCUCUCUCUCCUUCUGAGGAGUCAAGUGAGGAUGGCAGAGGUUCAGUGGAGACGUUCAGAACAGAAAGAGAUGCACACGGAGAGGUGGAAAUGGAGGCAGAGAAGGAAGAUGGGGACGAUGGGAAGAAUUCAGGACCAGCAACUUCCUCUCCAUCUCCCUACAGCAGCGUGGACAGUCCCCACUCUGCUGAACAGCAGAGAUAACAGCAGAGAAGGAACGGAGGAUACUAUCAAACUGUAAGAACGACACCCAGAGCCUGUGAAGAACCACUCAUUGUCAUCACAAUUACCUUUACCAGAGCUGAUGAUCAGAGCUCGUUAAUAUCUGAACAACUGUGGACAAAUAUUUAUCUAAGGACAGUUAGCUGAAGGUAGUACGAGUUGCCUUCUGGGUUGAGUGUGGCCCGUUUAGGAUUUUCUCACUUUUUUUUUUUUUUUAGGUUUAUUCCACGCUGUGGUUCUACAUUAAGAUAAAAAAAGAAAUCCUCAAAAAAGUUAAUGCCUUUUCUGGCAUUGCAAUAAUUCAUCUAGUUUAAUUCUUUAAAGUAACAAAAGAUCUUAUCUAAAUAUGAAACACCACCUUGUUUACAGUUGGCUAAACUGCUGCUAAACCAGUCAAAGCAAAGCCUCUUUAUCAUUUUGAAUUCUGUAGUAAAUAUAUAUGUUAAAAUAAAAUCAUGCAUAUA